AUGGCGACGCAAACAAUCACCACCCAACACAUGUUCGCCGCGAAGCCUUCCACAGCGUCUCCUCCAACCACGCGAAUACGCGCAUACAAAGACUUUCUCACACCCGCGCUACAUCGUCGCUUCACUACAACUGCGGGAGUCGUCUUCCUCGUCUGCAUCUUCGAAGCUUGGCAACUCUCCAACACACGCCAUCUCAUCUGGUCAUGGUUCCCUCUUGGUUCCGCCGGGCUACGCGCGCUUCUCCUCAGUAUAUCAUGCUUGGCCGUAUUCAUCGUGCGAGUCGCAAACAUGCAUAUUGGUCAGAGAAUAGCGCCGAGUGCUGCGCAAGAGACAUUGAAGAAGUUGAGCGGAGGCAAGGUCAUUACGACAGCCGUGUGGUACAUCUUCAGCGCUUGGUGGUUUGGAGAGGUGUACAUUUGGUCGAGAAAUGAGACUGCGGAGCUUGGUAUGGUGGAUCCGGGAAGAGCAUACGAGCGUCCGAGACUCAAUGAGAAUCCCAUCUUCCUACGAGCCUUGUUCGUGGUUACUGGAGUGGUGCAAGUUUUCCUUCAUCUGCUCCGCGACUACGAUCAGAUACGAAUUCCGAUGGGAGACGAGAAGCAGGACAUGAGUAAGAGCUGGUUGAUCCGCAUAGCCGGAGUGUCUGCAACAACACUGAGCAGGCUUCCACGGCCCUUCCGCGCGCUCGCUCUUCACUCUGGACAAAUUCUUGGCCGAACAUGCAACGCACUUUGUUACGCUCACUUCUUGAACCUGAUCCUCUAUUUCGGGUUCGUACGCCAUCGUGUCUGGGGCUGGACCUACGCAUUUGCUCGGACAUGGUUUAGCAAUCUGCCAGAGGGAGCCGGCCCGACUGGCAUCUCGCACUUCUGGAAAAUCUUGCCACAGGCGCUUUUUGCGCCCUUCUUGAUGCUGCUACUCUGGGAGGCCUCGAACGUUGUGUUCAGCACAAGCGUGGCCCAACCACCACUGAGGAAAGAAAACCCAUUGACCAGCGAGAUCAAAGAUUCACAAGGCGUUAUUCUACACAAGAGCGCCGAUCCCAAUGGCAGUCUCCUGAGCGGCCUCAAAGCGAAGAAGGAUUUGCCGAAGACCUUCGCAUUCUGGGAGCUGUUCAUCAUCUGCGAGCAGUUUGAGAUGCGGAGAAAGACGUUGUAUUCCGAAGUUGACCGAAAGGACGGCAGCACAUGGAGCAAAAUCUGUGAGCUUACUUUGAAGGAAAUUAGUGCUAUUUCGGACCGCGUAAAGACAGCUCAGGAAGGCCCCGAGUACAAGAAGAAGUUGGCCGAGAUGGAAGCUCAGAAGCAGCACCAUCAACACCUGAUUGCACACCAGCCCGAAGAAGAGACGGGGCUGAAGAGAAUCGCAGAUCGGACUGUCAACAAUGACGCGGACGUAUUCGCCAAGCAGAAGCCAGAUCUUGCCAAUGCGGUCAACAACUGGGCCAAGUCUAUUGGAAUGUCUCCCAAUUCACAGGACCCUGUCUCUCCGCGAGCCAAGAAGUAUCUGCAGUGGGCGGCAAAGGAAACACUCACUCCCCACCAGCAGCAAUAUCUCACGCCCGGAUAUCUACAAGCAGAGGCUACUGGAAUCGUCGGACAGUUUCUAAAGACACCCACUGGUGAGCCGUUCCGCCAGACCUUUGCUCGGAAUGUCGCUUCGGUUGUGUUGGAUUCUCCGACCAGCAAUCAAGCGAACAUCAUACACGCUGCCAAGUCCCUGGCCAAGCUCUGCGUCUGUUCGCUGAAGGAGGACAAUUUCGGCCAAGUGCAGAAGGAUGUUGUCAAGAUCAUUCGCACUUUCACGACGACCAUCAAGGACAUCGAAAUGUUUGUGAAGGAACUCAAGCCACACUGGACAGACGUCAAUUUCAACGAAGCGAUUGACCGUACCGUCUAUGACCCGUGGACCUUACAGACCAUUGAAAAUCCAGAAGCUGUAGCAGACGUCGCACAGCGCUUCGUCCGCACCGGACGCAUCGCUCGCUUCACGCCAGAGAAGAAAGAAUUCUCACAGGUCAUGGACGUCCUCAAAGCCAGCUUAGAAGAGAUCUUGCUUGCGUUUCAGGAGUACGCUGGUGCUUUGGGAUUGACGAAGAAGGAUACUCGGGAGGCUAAGGAGGCCAUACAGAAGCCUCCCCCUCCUCCGCUGGGUGUGCAUUGGCCACAGCCGACGCAGUCGUCUCCAUCACGGCCUGAAAUGGAAGAGGUCGGCGGCGAAGAGCCUCAUUUGAACGGCAAGCGACAGCGGAGAACGCGGUAUAAUUAG